UCUGGUGGAUCCGUGCUUCAGCUGGGAAGAGGGAUCAGGAUCAGGCUCAGGAUGGAGCUGAAGGACUUUGCUCUAUCAGCCGACUAUCACUUUUUCAGUCCACGAUGCGUCCUGCAUUCCUCCUCCUCCUCACCCUCCUCCUCCUCAUCUCCAGCUGAUGAAGCUCAGUCUCCAUCCUCCUUCUUCCAGUGCUCCCCCCUCAGUCCCUCCUUUUCCCUGGACGCCGCUCCUCUCAGCCCCUCCCUGCCAGCCUUCCUCCCUUCCAGCCCAGCCACCUCCUCCUCCUCCUCCUCCUCCUCCAGCCUCCUCUGUGGAGAUCCGACUCCUGGCUCUCCUGCAGGAUGCAGCUCCAGAAGAGGCAGCGCUGUGGUGUCGGACAGCUCCAUGUGUUUCUCAGAGUCUCAGUCAGACUCCUUUUCAUCAAAGGUGGACUCCAUCCUCAGAGGCGACUAUCGGACUCCAAUGGGCACCAUGGGGCCUAAAAGGCUGUGUCUGGUCUGUGGAGACUUUGCCUCUGGUUACCAUUAUGGCGUGGCGUCCUGUGAGGCCUGCAAGGCUUUCUUCAAGAGGACCAUCCAAGGCAACAUUGAGUACAGCUGCCCGGUGAUGAACGAAUGUGAGAUCACGAAGAGGAGGAGGAAAGCCUGCCAAGCGUGCCGCUUCCAGAAGUGUCUGCAGGCCGGAAUGAUGCGGGAAGGGGUCCGUUUGGACCGGGUCAGAGGGGGCCGGCAGAAGUACAAGAGGCGGGUGGAGACAGGAGGGGUUUUCAGCAGCAGAGCUCCGUACAGCAUCCCUGUUGGCUCCAGGAACAAGCUGGUCUCCCAUUUGCUGCUGACAGAGCCGGCCCCACUGGCAGCCAAUCAGGAUAACUCAACGGACGACGGCAGCCUCCGGACCCUCCUGACCCUCUGUGACCUUCUGAACCGGGAGCUGCUGGUUCUGAUUGGCUGGGCCAAGCAGAUUCCAGGUUUCUCUGAGCUCUCAUUGGUGGAUCAGAUGUCGCUUCUGCAGAGCGGCUGGAUGGAGGCACUGCUGGUGGGCGUGGCCUGGCGAUCGCAGGGCAGGGUGGGGGAGGAUCUGGUUUUUGCCGGGAACCUCUGCCUGGACGAGGCUCAGUGCCGUGCCGCCGGAUUGGCUGACCUGUACGAGGAAGUGCGCCACCUGGCGGCCAGGUACCGGGCGAUGAAGAUGAGCCCUGAGGAGGCGGUGACGCUCAAGGCCAUGGCGCUCGCCAACUCAGAUGCCGACCCACUGGACUGUCCGGACUCUCUGCAGAAGUUCCAGGACGGGCUCCACGAGGCCCUGCAGGACUACGAGUGUUCCCGUGGGGAGCAGCACCGAGCGGGCCGCCUACUGAUGAGCCUCCCGCUGCUCAGACAGACCGCAGACCGGGCCGUGCAGGCUUUCCUCCGGCUGCACCGCCAGCGGCGCGUCCCCAUCCACAAACUGCUGCUGGAGAUGCUGGACGCCAAAGCAUGAGGAGCACUUCCUCUCUGCACGGCCGCAGCUGCUUUUCUCAGGGGACUUUAAGAACCAAUCUGUUUGCACAAAGAGACCAGAAAUAUUCCAAACCCCAGAUGGCAGAAUAUCUGAACAACCUGAAGGGGAUGGGUUUUAAAAACCUGGAAUCAUGAAGGUCCUUCAGAUAAAAUAAAAAUGCUGAAUCCACACUGUUUUCCACCAAUGAAUCAGUAGAUGAUCAGUGCCGGAGGUCUCCUCUUCAUAAAGACACUCCUGACUGAGGAGGGAGUAUCAUCAUCAUGUGUUUCAAGUUGUGAUGUAUUUUUCUA